AUAAUUUUCUCUUUUAUAGUUUAAAGCUUUCUUUUUAUUAGAGUCUUGUAAAUCCCUUCCGCAUAUAUCAUUAAUCUCUAAAUGAUAUAUAUUCAUUAACAGAAGUCCAAUCUAUUUUCUGAUAAGGAUUCCUGCUUCAAUGGAUGUGGUUGCUUCCGCGUCUCAUUUGUCUUUUUGCUUCUGUGAUUAUGCUUGCUUCCACGUUUCAUAGUCUUUGUUCCAUCAUUGAUUUGAUGGUUGAUCCAUGUUGAAGACCUUUUUUGUCUGCUUCUGGAUGCCUUUGACUAGCAUUAAUGGUUGCUUCCAUCACUGUUUGCAUCAUCAUCAAUCUACGUUGCAAUCUUUGUUGGUUGCAUCUGGAUGUCUUGUCACAUCACUGCUUACUUCAUGGAGCAUAUUUGACAAGAUAUUUUCAAAUUCAAGAACUGUGACCUAGUUCAAACCAAUACCUUUGCUUCUAUAAAUCGUAGCUUCAUAGUCAAGAUUUGGGCAUAGAGUUACCAAAAAGCUCCCAAAUAAAAAAGUUUAAAAAAAAAAAAGUUGAGAUGGGAGAUAUGGAAGUGACAAUAAAGGAAGAAGCUAGAGCUGAAAUAAAGAUUUGGAAUUAUGUGUUAGGAUAUGUUAAAAUAACUGUCGUUAAAUGUGCCAUUGAGCUUGGGAUUGCCGACGUUAUUGAAAACUAUGGAAGCCCUAUGCCACUAUCCGAGCUAGCCACUGCCCUCCGAUGCGAACCGUCGCGUCUUCAUCGCAUUAUGAGGUUCAUGGUCCACGACCGAAUAUUCAAACAGGAACCCAUCAACCAACACACUAUAGGCUUCUCAUCGACGCCAUUGUCUCGUCUUUUGAUAAAAGGUGGAGAAAAAUCCAUGGCUGCUUUCAUAUUGCUCAUGUCCGGCCCUGCUUGCUUAGCAACCUGGCAUAGUCUUAGUGCUCGAGUCCUUGAAACCGGCAAUAAUAUCUCACCAUUUGAAGUAGCAAAUGGGAAAGAUCUAUGGAGCUACGCCGAGGCGAACCCCGACUUUAGAGAACUCUUUAACAACGCCAUGGGUUGCCAUGCUAGACUGACGGUACAUGCGACAAUCGAAGGAUGUCCCGAAGUGUUUGACGGAGUCGAAAGCCUGGUCGAUGUCGGUGGUGGUAACGGGACUGCUUUGAGCCUUUUAGUCAAGGCAUUCCCAUGGAUUCGAGGCAUCAACUUUGAUCUCCCCCAUGUCGUCGCCGUUGCAGCAACAUCCGAUAGCAUUGAAAACGUAGGAGGAGACAUGUUCAUGUCUAUCCCAAACGCCGACGCAGCGUUUCUCAUGUGUGUAUUGCAUGAUUGGGACGACGAGGAAUGCAUUAAAAUCCUAAAAAAAUGUCGAGAAGCCAUUCCAGAAGAUAAAGGGAAGGUUGUAAUCGUUGAAGCAGUUCUUGAAGAAGAUAAAGAAGACGACGAGAUAGGUGGCGUAGGGUUGAUGCUAGACACGGCGCUGAUGGCUAUUACAAAUAAAGGGAAAGAGAGGACCUUAAAGGAAUGGAGUUAUGUUCUUCGACAAUCUGGUUUUACACGAUUCAACGUUAAACCUAUACGUGCAGUUCGAUCCGUCAUCGAAGCUUAUCCUUAGAAAAAAAAAAUUCUGUGGCUCUUCACAGUUGUUCAUCCACUACUACAAUAAAAACUCUGGUGCAUGAGAAAUGUUUUAGUUUUGGCUAAAAACAUCAGUCUUUUGUUGGAAUCAAUAAAUCUUGGUUUUGAGUGGUUUUCUUUAAAAUCACUGUUGGAA